GGCCGGAUGGCGAUGUGCGAGGACGUGCUGCUCUGCAACUUCGCCAAGUGCCGCGCCAAGCUGUCGGGCUUCGCCUGGGUGACCGCCUGCUCGCACGUCUUCUGCGACCAGCACGGCAGCGGCGAGUUCAGCCGCUCGCCCGCCCUGUGCCCGGCCUGCCAGAGCGCGCUGGCCGGCAAGCUGGACAUCGUCCGCACCGAGCUCAGCCCGUCCGAGGAGUACAAGGCCAUGGUGCUGUCCGGCCUGCGGCCCGAGCUCAUCCUCGACAUCGCGUCCCGAGCGCUCGCCUUCUGGACCUACCAGGGUGGAUCAAGGGGAACCAGUAGACGUGCUGUAUUUCGACUUCCCAGAAGACCGUUCGCCAAGGUGGGUCAGAAACCCGCGAGGGUGAGAGCCCUUGGUGUCGGAGGUGGGCUGCUGGAACAGAUGGAGAACUGUCCAGCGGGCAGGAGACGGAGUAGGGAGAAGAGGUUCUUCCUUGGCUUGGUGACCCGCGGCCGUAACCGUUUACAGAAUGUACUCAUGACGGGGAGGAGAGGAUGUGGCGCAGUCGGAUUUGCAGGGGGCCUGGCGAAGUUCGUCCCGACGGAGAGCCCCCAGGGCAGGCCAGCUGCCGGCGAGGGUGGGGACUUCCAUCUGCGUCCGUCCUUCUUCGGCUCCCCCGUGGCUGAGCGGCCGGGGGGUUUCUUCACCUUCUCCCCGAGCGAAGGGGCUGCCCAGGAGCUCCGUCAACCCCAGGCCCAGGCCCUGGGGGCGAACGGCCUGUACAAGAUGAAGAAGAUGUGAACGGGACGUGGCUCGGGGAGGGACCUGGGGGCUGUGGUGGGAGAACCCAGAGGCUGAACACUGACCGCUCCCCCCCACCCCGGCUCUCUCCCAGCGGUGGGUCUCCGGGUUCACAGGGCCUGACCGAAACAUCCUGUGGUCUUCAAUCGACUCCCUCCCCCCCCGCCACCUGAUGUCGCGUAUCCCCCUCCCUCAGGGCUUCGCUCCUUCCUCCCCGUUUGUUUCAGAGUUCUGUCCAUUAAAGCUUCCUUUUUGCCUUUGAGCGGA